AAUGCGCACUAACAUUGCUUCGCUUCUUAAGGAUAAAAUUAGUAAGAAGAUUGAUAAGAUAAAAAUAACUAGGAGACUUGAGAAAGAUUUGAAGCUCAAAUAUAGCUCGGAUUUUAUUCCCGAUUAUGAAGAGUUGAUAAAGAAUUUAGAAUGCAAGAAUUCAGAAAAAAAGAAUUCAGAAUGCAAGGAUUUAGAAGAUAUAUCAUUAUCUUUAAAAAAUAUGAAAGAAAAGUAUAAUGACCAAAUAACAGAAGAAUUUAUAGAAUUUAAAAAUAUAUUGUACAAUCAAUUAAAACUUUCGAAAGUUAUGUUGUCAUUUUCUUCAUCGAGCGUUAUUGAAUUGUUGAAUUGUAACACAUCAUCGAAUGAUAAUAUUAAAGAGGUCGUUGAUGAUAUUCUAUCGAAUACUAUUGGAAAAAGUGCAAUGAUCCAUUUUGAACUUAUGAACAAUGUAGAUUCAAAAUCAGAUGAGAAUGAACAAUGGGGUAUCGCCCUUCGAACGAUGAUUACCAUGUUUAAAGACCUUGGAAGAUAUCUGGCUAUUGCUUUAAUACUUAUGACAUCAACUGCUACAGCUUAUCAUGGAAUAAUUGGCAAUUUAAUUGAUUCAGAUCGCAAUGACAAUUUCUUUCGUGUAAGUUAUCGCAUCUAUAGUUUUCAAUUUUGGAGAAUUUUUGGCGAAGUCGACACCGAUCAAAUAGAUAACGAUUCUUCAAAUUCGUUGAGUUUGAAAUGGAUUCUGACGAAGUUUUCAACUUCUUAUUCUAAAGUUGACAAGAAAUCGGAAUUGCUAACAGCCGUUCAAAGAGCAAGAAUAGCUAUUGAGUAUGAAGAUUUUUACCAGAAUUGGAUAACAUUUCUUACCAUUGACGCCAUUUUACAUCUAAUCAUUGUGGUUGUUUGUCUAGUUUAUGACUCCUUAAUAAAAAAAUUCUUUAAAUGUUGCUGGGAAGGCUGCCGUUUGACAAAGUCUAGAAUUUCUCCCAACAACGACAUCAUCGAUCCUGAUAGAGAGAAACAACAUAAAUUAGAUUAUGAACAUUCAGUUCUAUUGGCUUUAAAAGACUAUAAUAACAAUAUCUCAAUAGCAAAAUGCCCUAAAUAUUGUAAGUCCACAAAAUUCUGUAAGGAAAGGGAUAGCUGGUUAAUCGAAGGUAAUGCGACAGUUUGCUCUGUUUGCCGUGAUGAAUAUUAUUCAGAAACUUCGGGAAGAUGUCUACCUUGCGCGAAAGAUUGCAAAAGAUGUGAAAAUUUGCAAAAAUGUUUAGAGUGUAAGGAUAAUUAUGCCUUAACUAUCGAUAAAUUGGAAUGUUUAGGAUGUUCAGAAGGUUGUACAUCCUGUAGAUUUGCAGAGAAUAAUGCUCAAUGUUUAUAUUGUCAGAAAGGAUAUUAUUUGACUAGAUAUCAUGUUUGCAAUCGUUGCCCUAACUACUGCUUAGAAUGUUUCAUGGAUUUCAAAAACAGCGUGUUAACUUGCAAAGAAUGCUCUGAAUUUUCUUACAAAACGGCACUUCAUACUUGUAUACCAUGUGAUUUUGUUUUGCAUGGUUGUUUAAAAUGUGAAAAUUCUGAGAACUGCACGAAAUGCUCGUCAAAUUUUUUCCUAAAUAACGAUAACAAAUGCAUCAGCUGUACAACUUAUGACAGAGCUUGCAUAGAGUGCUCCCGUUUGGACAAAUGUUCAAAAUGUCAAACAGGUUUUUCAGUCUUCAAAGGCACAUGUAUUAAAUGUAAAGGAAACUGUUUAAAGUGUCAACCAGACAAAGAUAACAACAUUUUAUGCCUACAAUGUCGAGAAAACUAUGCCCUUCUUCUGAUGGAAAGCUGCGAUAGAUGCCCCGAUAAUUGUCAGUCAUGCUAUUUCUAUAAUGGGGAUAUAUUUUGCUCUCGUUGUAAUAAAGGACAUGUCCUAGACUCAAAUUCCAGAUGUCUUAAAUGUCCUAAUUAUUGCGAAGCGUGCGAUUUAAAGCUUGGAAAUCUAAAAUGUUCGAAAUGUAUAGAAAAUUUCGAAGGAAAAUCAUGGACUUUAAAAGGCGAUGGAACUUGUUCCGGUAGUUCUUGUAGUAGCAACUGCCUUAAAUGUUACUUUCCCACGUCAUCGCAUGUGUCACCCGUAUGCUACCCUUCAUCUUGCGCACAAGGGUAUGCGUAUAAUGCUUCUGGCAAAACAUGCUUAAGCUGCCCAAGUGGUUGCUCUACAUGUCAAGUUACCGAGGACAAAGUAAUCUGCUUACAGUGUAUAGAGACUUUCGUAGCUCAUUUAGACAAUUCAAGUCGAAUACUAAAUUGUAUAGCUUGUAAAGGUCAAGGUGUAUCAAGUUGCUCCUAUGACACAUCAACUUUACAGACUAAAACCCUAACAUGCUUGGAGAAUUUUGUACUAAGCGUAGAAACUUCAACCUGCGAAAAGUGCACUGACAACUGUCUAUCUUGCAAAAAAACCGGUACAGGGACAUGUGACCCUGAUGGUUGUCAACAAGGCUACUUUUUUGAUUCAAGAACAAAGAUUUGCCGUCCAACUAAAGAAAAUUGUCUAGCAGCCGAACUGGUUGAUUCGUCAUUUGUUGCUUGUAUAUCUUGUCCGGACGAUUAUGUUCUUUAUGAUAGACGUUGCAGAAAUUGCCCAAGUGGCUGCAUUAAAUGUAAAUUUGAUGAAACUACUGGUAAAUUUACUUGUUCCGGCUGCAAAGCUGGAUAUAGAAUUCAUAUGGAAGUUUGUGUCCCAUGCCCAGAGGGAUGCGUUUCAUGUUUUAGAGAAAACUAUAUUGACAAGUGCACUGUAUGCUCUCCAAAAUAUGGUUUAAGAGGUGACGCUUGUGAACUUUGUGGGACAGAAAAUUGUAAGAGUUGCAAGUCAAAUUCCAAAAACAAUUAUCAUCUUCGUUGUACUGAAUGUGAAACUGGUUAUCAAUUAAACACACAAGGAUGCGGUUUAUGCCCAGAUAAUUGUCAAAAAUGUAUCUAUAGCAAUCAUUAUAUAUGCUUACAAUGCAAUGACGGCCAUACAUUAACACAAAAGGGGAAAUGUAUACCUUGCCCUAGAAAUUGCAGGAAAUGUAUAACUUUAAGUGAAAUUAUCUCCAAAUGUAUAGAGUGCAAUGAAAAAUACUCAAUUUCCAGCGAUGGAACUUGCCUUCAAUGUAGUCUUUCAACAUUUCAUGGUUGUAGGAAAUGUAGUCCAGUUGCUUUUAAUGCAAAGGGAGUUUGUAAAGAAUGCGAAGAAGAAUACACGCUAAGGGAUGAUGGGCAAUCUUGUCUGAAUUGUGCCAUAGACGGAUGUAAAGUUUGCUUCCAUGGUCAUUUCUGCUUUAAAUGUGCUCAUGGUUUUCAAUUAAUAGAUUACGAUAGGAAAUGUUCGUAUAAUUGCUAUAGCUGUGAAGGGAAUGAAGAAGACUGCGGAGUUCGCCUGCAAAAUGUAUCCCAAAAGACGGUAACAGAUUGCACUGAAGGAAGUUGUUGGGGAUAUCGUAUAGAAGCUGAAGGGAGAAUUUCAUUUGUUAGGAACUGUACACAAAAGACUUGUCCAAAAAACUUGAAGGAUAACUUUGUAUGCGAUAAAUUAAAUUCCAGAUAUCAAAUUUGUCAACAAUGCUGCACUACAGCACAUUGUAAUAAUUAUACAUUGACCGAUAAAAACUGCUCAAUUAACAAGAACUUUAACAGCUUCUCAAAAGUUUUUAUUGUAGUUUUAAUGAUACUUUGGAAAAGCUUUUAG